AAGACAAGCACGUUUCUCUCCUUAACAACCACAGAGAGGCUGGUAUUUGGGGCUCUGGGUCGAAGUGGCGCAGAUACCACACAUUUUUCCUGGCAUUACUGCUGUCUAUGGGAACUCAAGAAAUGUGCUGCAAUGUAUCAGAAUAUCCUAUUUCUGCAAAAACUGUUUGACCUGAAUUCUAAAAAGUCCUAGCCUACACGUGAUUGGUUCCCUCUGCCCCUUCCCGGGGUCAUAGUGGACUACAAUGGCAGACACCGGGGAGGGGAAAAAGGAGGAGGCAGACUAUAAGAGGCUUCACAGCUUCCCGCUGAUAAGGCAUACAGACAUGCCAGAGGAAAUGCGAGUAGAGGCCAUGGAGUUGUGUGUGACUGCAUGUGAGAAAUAUGCCACCAAUAAUGAGAGUGCUGCCAAGAUGAUUAAAGAGACAAUGGACAAGAAAUUUGGCUCUUCCUGGCAUGUAGUGAUUGGUGAGGGCUUUGGAUUCGAGAUCACCCAUGAGGUGAAGAAUCUGCUUUACAUGUUUUUUGGAGGCAGUCUAGCUGUCUGUGUUUGGAAGUGCUCCUGACAUGCUUUCUCUGUGUCCAAGCUUACCACAUCCAGGAUAUUUUUUCCAGACUUUUAAUUGGUUUUUUGUACAAUUUAAAGGGCAGCUUUAUUUUUAAUAAUAAAAUGUUGGGCUUUUUCUUAUUUAUAUACCAGUUUUAUGAAAAAUAUUUAGUGUGUGUGUGUAUGUGCGUGUAGAUCUAUUUGAGCUACCUAAUCCAGCUCAUAGGAUGUUUGACUCUGAUUUUACCAAUGUGGCUUUUUGCUUAAUAGUGGGAUUGUGCAAGAGAUCAGGGGUUUAUGAAGCCAUACAUCACAAGUAGUGGAGAGAGAAGAGUUUUAAUCCAAGCCUGCUGUUGAUUCUCCUUGCUAUCCCUCCCACUUCUUGGGAAAAGAUCUGGAAAAAGCAGCUGAUUUCUCUCUGCCCGGAUGACAGCUGCCUGGUUGUGAGAAGUGUGUGUACCAGCUUGAAAAACCUGACCCAGUGGACGGUUGCUAGGAUAAUUGCCCUUCCACCUCCUCACUACACCUACAGAGCACUGAUAUAGCUUCUGAAGCAUAUGGCACACAAAUGAGAAUAUUUUGCAUAGCAUGUGGGAUGGGGUGGGAGUGUCUUGAUGCCAAUAUGUUUGUUCAGAGACUGGUAGUGGGAAGAAGCUCUAUCUGAACUGCCAGUUUCUCAACUUUCAAGAACAAUUGUACUUCCAUUUUGUAGAGUCUAAUAAUGCUGUCACAAGGGUGUUUGAUUAAUGGAUUGAUUCUAAUUGUAUUUUCUAUAUAGCUUAUUUGAAUUUGGAGUGUGAAGGGACUUAACUUUUUACAAUAAAACUUUUUUUCAAA